GUGAUCUCAGACAUGAGCUAUGAUACGUUUGAGCAGCCCAUCACACAGAAAUGGUGUCAGACAUAAACCAUCGGGGCUCUGGUCGACAGCUGCUGAUUGCUUGUGGAGGGUAAACAUUUGUUAGGCCUCUCUGUACAAGCACAGAUAGGCUCCUGCUGAAUUGACAGGCUCCACUAAAUUGUGACUAUGACGCCUGAGCCAUCGUGUCAAAACCAUUAUGAAGGAGACUGGGUGUGAUGAUAAUGUAUUGAUCAGAUCGUGAUGGAUGGCCGUUGAGGAUAUAUAAGUGGAGUUCUUUGCCGAGCAGAGGUAUAGUCUUGAUCUGGCCAUCUAAAGAUAAACCCACCAUGCUUUCUGUAGCUGUGUUUUACCUCGUAGCUGUGAUUUGUUCUGCAAGACGGACACAUGCUCUACCUCUGUACCCUGAUGCCAACCUCGAGCCACGUGCAGAUUUCAUUCAGAAAUUAGUGUCAGAGGUAGAAGAGGGUCCCAACACUGCUGAGGGGGAGCAGAGAGAGGUGAACAAUCUGUAUCCUCUACUCAUGGAGCACAAUGGAGGAAGAGACUCCUGGAAUAAAGAUAAAUUUUCAAACAUGGUGGAGGACCUCAGAGAAGCUGUUCUGAAGCUGGCAGCAGCGGACAAGCUUCGCUCUCAGGGUUUUCUUAGAUCAGAGCAGAACUUGCCAAAAACAAACAAAAGAGCAUGUUUCUGGAAAUACUGCGUCACCAACUAGAGCCCAGAUGUUGGAAAACGCUGUCACUCUCCAUCAUCGCUUUUGUUUCCCCACCUAACAGCAUAUUCAUCAACUGAAGUGAAUCAACAGAAAAUAUAUUUUUGAAGCUGUAUUUUUUUUUUCUGUGACUGACAAUAAACUUGAAUAUC